AUGAUUGCCGACGUGAUUAACUUCGUCCAAUCGCAGACGCUCGAACACCCCGUUCGCACGGUCCUCCUUACUCCAGUCCUCUUUCUCCUAGCCUACGUCAUCUCUCAGGAGUUCGUCCGACUACGAGCCCGCAUCCCCGGCUUCUCUGGCCCCACGGGUCUUCCCAUAGUCGGCAACAUCCACCAGAUCCGAGUCAACGCGGCCGAGCAGUAUCGGGUGUGGAGCAAGCAGUUCGGCCCGGUGUACCAGAUCCAGCUGGGCAAUGUGCCGGUCAUCGUCGUCAACAGCGCCGUAGCGGCGCGCGACCUGUUCGGCAAGAACAGCCAGGCGCUGUCCAGCCGACCCGUCUUCCACACGUUCCACAAGGUCGUCAGCAACACGGCGGGCACGACCAUCGGCACCAGCCCCUUCAACGAGAGUCUGAAGCGCCGCCGCAAGGGCGCCGCCUCGGCCCUCAACAAGCCGAGCAUCGCCACCUACAUCGACCACCUGGACCGCGAGACGCGCGACUUCGUCAAGGAAGGCCUCGAGUACGGCUCGGGCGGGCUGGCGGGCGUGGACCCCAUGCCAAUGAUCCAGCGGCUCAGCCUGUCGCUGUCGCUGACGCUCAACUGGGGCACGCGGCUGGGCUCGCGCGACGACCCCAUGUUCGCCGAGAUCACAGAGGUCGAGGAGGACAUUUCGCGCUUCCGCAGCACCACGGGCAACCUGCAGGACUACAUCCCGCUGCUGCGGCUCAACCCGUUCGACCGCUGGGCCAAGAAGCGCAGCAAGGAGGUGCGCGACCGCCGCGACGUCUACCUCAACCGCCUCAACGAUGAUCUGGACAAGCGCAUGGCCGACGGCUCGCACAAGCCGUGCAUCCAGGCCAACGUCAUCCUCGACAAGGAGGCGUCGCUGAACAAGGAAGAGCUGACGUCCAUCUCGCUGACCAUGCUGUCCGGCGGCCUCGACACCAUCACCACCCUCGUCCAGUGGAGCGUCGGCCUGCUGGCACAGCGCCCGGACAUCCAGCGCAAGGCUAUCGAGGAGAUCAGGAAGGUGUAUUCGGCGGACGCUGACCCGCUGUGCGACCCGCAGGACGAGGGCAAGGUCGAGUACGUCGCCGCGCUGGUGCGCGAGUGCUUGCGCUACUUUUGCGUGCUGCGUCUGGCGCUGCCGCGCGCCACCGUCAAGGACGUCUACUACGAGGGCAAGCUGAUCCCGGCUGGCACUACCAUCUUCCUCAAUGCGUGGGCGUGCAACAUGGACCCAGACGUCUGGACCGACCCCACCACCUUCAGGCCAGAGCGCUGGCUCGAGCAACCCGACGCCCCGCUCUUCACGUACGGCCUCGGCUACCGCAUGUGCGCCGGCUCGCUGCUGGCUAACCGCGAGCUGUACCUCAUCUUCCUGCGCACCCUCAACUCGUUCGAGAUCCUGCCCCAACCUUCUUCUGCCACUUCUGCCACCUCCUCCGAAAAGAACACUACUACCACCAACAACGUCGUGCUCGACCCCCACGGCCACCCCGUCCCGUGGGCCAAGGACGUCGAUAUCCAUCCCGUCACCGGCAGUGCGGAUCCGACGAGCUUGGUCACGAUGAGCAGGCAUUUUAAGGUCGUAUUUAAGCCGCGCGAUGCGGAGAGGUUGGCGGAGGCGAUUGAGCGGAAUGUGAGGGUGAAGGGGUCGGGGGAUUAA